AUGAAAGCUUUGGUUUCACUUUGGUUGGUUUUUCUCUUGCAACGUUGCCUGCCUUUUCUCUUGCUACUUUUGUUUUUGUGUCUGGCGCAGUGCCAGUGUCACUUGCUUAGCUCCCCACAUCACUCAGGAAGAAGAAUGGGCCACCUCGAACAAUGGCGUUCCCGUCAGAAGAUCGGCAUGGGCAAGGGCUCUCGCCAUUGCGUGAUUUGCUCUAACCAGAAGGCAAUUAUCCGCAAGUACGAGCUCAACGUGUGCCGCCAGUGCUUCCGUGAAAAUGCCACGCAUAUUGGGUUUAACAAGCUCCGUUAA